AUAUAAAUACCUCCGGCGAGGACUAAGUUCCCGCAACAGUCUGCUUCUCGCCGCGCUGAGGGAUACAGGCACAACUCCACCUACCAUGAUCGCCACGAUCAUCGUGUUGGCGGGACUGGCAGUCGCCCAGUCUGCCGCAUUCCUGCCAGGCUGCGGCUGUGGAGGCUGGGGCUACCCGGGUCCCCUCGGAGGAGGCUGGGGCUACCCGGGCUACCCGGGCUACCUGGGCGGACUGUACGGAGACUAUGGCUACCCUGGCCUGCAAGGAUCGAGUUCAGCAGCAUCUUCUUCCUCUAGCGCUUCUUCCGGCGGUGGACUUGGAGGUUCAGCUUCGUCUUCAUCUGCAGCCUCUGCGGCCUCUGGAGCGUCUGGAAUCAGCAGCCCCUUGUAUGGCGGAUAUGGCGGUCUGUACGGAGGUUAUGGGGGUCUCCUAGGAGGAUAUGGGUAUCCGGGAGGCUGUGGUUACCCAGGAUACCUCGGUGGACUCUACGGAGGUUACGGAUAUCCUGGUCUGGUGGGAGGACUGGGGACAACUGGGAGCUCAUCAUCGGCGUCAUCAUCCAGUAGCGCCUCUUCUGGUGGAUCUGGUGGUGCCUCGAGUUCAUCAUCAUCAUCGUCAUCGUCAUCAGCUUCAGGAACUUCAGGAACCGUAUCUCCCGUUUACAGUGGUCCUUACGGAGGAUAUAGCGGUCUGUACGGAGGUUACGGUGGUCUGUACGGAGGUUACGGUGGUCUGUACGGAGGUUGCGGGUACCCAGGGUUCGCUGGGGGCUGGGGAUACCCUGGUCCAGUCGGAGGUUGGGGAAUCUCCGGUCUUCUCGGAGGUUGGGGAUACCCCGGACUUAUUGGAGGUUGGGGGUACCCUGGUGUCGGCGUCGGUGCUGCUGCUUCUAGCUCGGCCAGUGCUGGAGUUGGACUCCUAGGAGGUCUCGGUGGUUAUGGAGGCUAUGGCUACCCUGGUGUUGUCGGUGGCUGUGGAGGUUGGAGGGGUGUCUACCCGGGUACCGGCGCCGCCGCUGCUGCCUCCAGCGCAGCCGGAGUCGGCGGCCUUUACGGUGGACUCUGGUAAAUAACUGAUGGUGGAAAACGUCACGUCUUUCCUUUCAGUUGAUACGAAAAUAUUUAAUUUAUAAUACACUCCCCGUUUUUUUUUUUCAUGCGAUUAUUUGUACAUCACGUAGAAAAAAAUUUUAAUUGAAAAAAUAGUUGUAUUAAAACUACACAUUUUAUGUUGUAUACAGUUAUUAUAUGUGUCUUGUCGAUUUUCUUUUCGUUCUGAAUAAAUAUUUUUGAAAUAAA